AUGUGGGAUACAAGCGUGGCUUACUUCACUGAUUCGUACGUCAGUGACUGGGGUGAUAGAUGUGUGGACCCUAAGAACUACUGGCAGAAAAUUGUGACGGAGUACACCGCCCUGCAAUUGACCUACGAGAGUGAUCUUCUGCCAGCUAUUGCAGCUGUCGUUGAUAGAAUGUCGCGGCUGCAAAGAGUAGACGACGUUUACAUUGCAGGAUUAUGGAAGAGUAGCAUACUCUCGGAUCUGCUGUGGAGCACACAGGAUAACAAACCGCGCCCUUCCCGAGUGGCUCCUUCUUGGUCUUGGGUAUCAGCGCAAAACUCAGUGAUCUUCUGGGAUGAUUUUGAGUUCACUGAACAGGUCAAAAUCGUCACUCUGGAUUAUACUAUCGUUGGUCCUGCUAAUCUUGGAGAGGUCACCAACGCUAGCAUCAUUUUGACGGUGCCUGUGCUCAACUUGACAGGCUUUGAUGAGCUUGAUGCCGCCGAGAAAGGAGAACGGAGAUGGAGUACACGUUUUAAAGACAUCACAAAGUCGGCUCCGGUUAUGGAGCAGUUCCGGCAGAACAACCUGGAAAUCUCCAACACUUGGUUUUAUCCCGACUACGAUCUGACCACCGCCAAUCCUCCAUUCAAAUGCGGAUGUAUCAUCAAGCUCUUGGUCGCGAGAGACUCCGAUGCCGACAUGGGCGGUAUUGUCAUUCAGCAAACGUCCAAGAACCCUCCAGAGUACAAGAGAAUAGGCUUUCUUGGAGUCGGCGUCAUCAUGACGAAAUCUGAGAUGGUUGGAGAGAAAGAGGAAGAUCUAGUAAGAAGUGACUAUGAUGGUGAAGAGAAAGCUAGAGUGAGAAAAGGAGAAUAUAUGGGACGUCUAAUAAUGUCGCUGCCUAUGGAAGAAGUGAAGAUUGUUUGA